UCACCGAGUCAAACCCAGAUCCAAAACACUGAGUUGUCGGUGGCGAGUUCACUUCCACCUCUAGUUGGUGAGUCGUGAUUGAAAGCAUCCAUCCAAUACAUUAACUUGAUUCCAAAUCCAGCCAGCCUGUUCACAUCAAGUACUCCAUUUCAAUGAUUCAUACUCCCGAACCCAACCCCAUCUCCUCCACACCCUCUCCAUUAUUAUUAUUCAUUUGACAGAGAUACUUUAACACUUACACACACCUUCCACCUUCAUUGCCUUGCAGUCUAAGCAAUAUUUUUACCUACAAAAACCACUUACAUUUUGAUCAAAUAACACACACUCAGUUCUUGUGUUGUGUUGGUUACAAGUCUUCACUCUUACAAAGAAGAAUGGAGACAAAACAUAUGUGCCUUUUGGUGUUAAGUAUACUAUUUGUAAUAGUUUCGAUUGCGGACGCCGACACUUCACCUGUGUUGGUGAAAAAAGUGAAGGGGAAAAAAGUUUGCGAUCAGGGUUGGGAAUGCAAAGGGUGGUCACAAUAUUGUUGCAACCUUACGAUAUCACAAUAUUUCGAUUAUUAUCAGUUUGAGAAUCUUUUCUCAAAAAGAAAUACUCCAAUAGCACAUGCUGUCGGUUUUUGGGAUUUUAAAUCUUUUAUCACUGCUUCAGCCAUUUAUCAACCCCUAGGGUUUGGUACCACAGGCAACAAGACAACACAGAUGUUGGAAGUUGCUGCUUUUCUUGCUCAUGUUGGAAGUCAAACUUCUUGUGGAUAUGGAGUGGCAACUGGUGGGCCCACAGCAUGGGGAUUAUGCUACAACAAAGAAAUGAGCCCUAUGCAAGAUUACUGUGACGAUAACUACAAAUACACUUACCCUUGUGCCCCCGGUGCUUUAUAUUUUGGUCGUGGUGCUUUGCCCGUCUUUUGGAACUACAACUAUGGAUACAUCGGCGACUGUAUAAAAGCCGAUCUUUUACACCACCCUGAAUACCUCGAACAAAACGCCACAUUAGCCUUCCAAGCGGCAAUCUUUCAAUGGAUUACCCCGUUGAAAAAGGGUCAACCAUCACCUCAUGAUUGCAUGGUUGGGACAUACAAACCGACCAAAAACGACACUGCAUCUGGCAGGUUUCCGGGAUUUGGGUGCACCAUGAAUAUCCUAUAUGGCGAACGCACGUGUAACAAAGGUGACGUCGAUGACAUGAACGCCAUCAUCACACAUUACUUGUAUUAUCUUGACUUGAUGGGUCUUGGCCGUGAGUAUGCUGGGCCCCACGAGGUGCUCACGUGUGCUGAACAGAAACCGUUUAACCCAUCAACUACUAAAGACUCAGCUUCGACUUGACCUUGGGGUUAAAGUCAACGUGGCUCGGAUCUUGAAUGAAAUAAAGGUGAACCCUUUGGGAUGUUUGUAGGUUCAAAUUCAUUGUGUUUUUCUUGGUUAUUAUUUUGUUUUUAUAUAUGGAACUACAGACACAACAAGUCUUGUAUAAGUUUUUAUUCAGAUUGUGUUUCUUGAGCUUGCUUUGUAUUAUAAAUAUUGCAAUGAAUUUGUACAUAGUGUGUUACCAUGUGUCCA